UUGCUGUAUUGCUGCAUUAUCACAGCACAUUUUAGUACUCCAUAUCUGUGUUAAGCUGUAAACAUUGUCCUUAAUACAGCUUCACAGGUAUAUCACGGUGCAAUGGCUUUCCACCAAUACGUGGCACCUGAGGUCUCUUCACAACAAAUAUAAAAAGGCAAUGGAUCUCCUUCGUAACAUCUUCAGAGUACUUCUCUAUUUCUAUCGAGAGUAAGUUUUCGAGGUACGGUUAGCGUACUAUACUUGCCAAAAUGCCUAUCGGUAUGAGGGAGCACUCCGUGGUUGCAGUUGCUGCCGCUAAUCUCGAGCAUAGUUUGAUCUCGAAAAGGAUGUUGGGCCCAUCAAGGUGCGUGAUGCUGUUUCCUCCCGGUGGGAGAAUAAUAUGCCUAGUGGCUAACAUGCAAUGAACUCUAGAUCAAGGGUACCAUCGACGAAAAGGCUGGCCAGAUCAAAGGCGAGAUCGGGACCCAUGUCCCGGGACUUGGCUACAAGUCAUUCAAGCCGUUUGCCGGCUCCAUCAAAUAUGGUGUCCAUGGAAGCUUGGUUUCGGCGCUGGUUCAUCAAUUCCUACUUUGGUGUAUCGGUCAAAGACCAUGUUGUCAAGCCCAAAUCGGCCUACCUGAUAAAGGAUACGAAAUCACGCUUUCGAUAAUGUUGAUGGCACCCCGUGCCGUUUCGAAUUCGACUUCCAGGACUUCGACUUGCCGCCUCUAGAUACCCCUAUUGCCAUACAUACCUACAGGUCUGUCAAAAGCUGUACUGGCCUCAGACAGUCCAAGGUAAAGUUGAACGGAUGAAGUUUUCAGGCUUC